AUGCAAACCUCUCCGCCAGUCCAUUCCAACCUAGAUGGUCUGGAUACAUUGGCGUCGGUGGUCACCGACCAUGUGCAGAUGACUCGCUCAAUACCUUACAACGGCAGUGCGCAUCUAGUCACCCAUGAGCCGUCUACACAUCACACGCCCAUGACAGGCGUGCGAUUGGCAAAUCCAGAAACCCCGAUGGCGGCAGCGCCUCCAACGCCUGUGCCCGGACCGGAAUUUGGGUAUGCUUUUGGUGGCUUCGCAGGGCCCUAUGAGGGCAACGACUUCACUUCCUUUCUGGAUAGUGUCCCCUUGCCCAGUCACCCCUUCUCACCAGCAUUCCAGCCGCUGCCGCUGUUCCCACCCUUGGCCUACUCUCCCGUGACGGACUUUGAUCAAUCUUCCGAAAGAGGGCACACGUCAGAGACCACUUCAACGCCAUCUAGUUCGGUACUACCGCGACAUGGAGCUCAAUUGCCGUCUCUUCAGCCAGAGGGCUACCAGACCACCCCGAAGGCGCGACAGCCCACGGGGUUCGUCCCGGUAACGGCGCAGUGCCGUGACCGAGCCCUGGAGUCCUUGAUGGACUAUGCUGGUGUGGUGUCGGAUCCAUCCUUACCGUCGCGGCACGCGCUCUCACGGUGCUUGACCGGGUACCUCACGGGGUUUCACGACCAUUACCCCAUUGUCCAUAAGCCAACGCUGAAUGCCGACACGAUGUCCCUGCCGCUGUUCUUAUCUAUGGCUGCGCUGGGGGCGCGGUAUUCACGUGAACCAGACACCAGCAUGCGUCUGUACCAGAUUGCCAAACCGGUCACCCUCGAGCAAUUUCGACGGGUAUUCCUCUCGGGGACAAUGCCUUCGGUGAAUGUAGCUAAUGACCAGGCAACGUUGGAGCUUUUGCAAGCUCUUUUGAUGCUGAUAUCGGUCUCUUCGUGGUUUAUCAACAACCCACCCUAUCACGAAUCUUUGGCAAUCAGAAGCCAUAUGGCCACACUGCUGCGUAAGGAUGGCCUCAAUCGUCUCCCUGAACUGGACGGCACCUGGACGAGCUGGAUUCGUCGAGAGUGCGUCAAGAGGACCAAGCUUAUUGUUUGCUGCUUCUUCAACAUCCACACUAUUGUGUUUGAUAUCCCUCCGGUCAUUCUCACCGAGGAGCUUGCUUUGGAUCUGCCGUGCACAGAGAAGGAGUGGCAAUCACCCAGAGCUGAUCUCUGGCAAGCAGCUCGCACCCAGAGCCCCGGUGAACCGGACAUACAGGACGCCCUCUCGGCGUUGUUCACGCCACAGAGCGGAAUGGAACGGUUUUCCUCCCUUGGAGGCUACGUGCUGAUCCAUUCACUUUUGCAGGACAUUUGGGUGAUGACCAAGGCGGGCCGUCUGGCACACAAUCGCGGCCAUCGUCUUGCUCUGGCCACCGUGCCCACGUCAGAGCUCGUGUCUAUGGAACAAGCUCUAGAGCGGUGGUGUCAGUGCUGGGAACGGAACCAAGAGUCUUCCAUUGACCCGAUGAGUCCGCACGGUCCAGUCUCUUUCACAUCUGCGGCCCUGGUCCGGCUGGCGUAUAUUCGCCUCAACGCAGAUUGUGGCUCCGCCAGGCAACUCCAGACCUGGGAUCCCGUUCAGAUCGCCACAAGCCUCAAUGACAAUCUUCGGGUUCAACGAGGCGAUCGGCUGACCCGAGCCGCAUUGCACUGCGCGCACGCCCUUUCCACGCCUGUCAAACUCGGCAUUGGCUUCGUGGCUCACUCCCAAGUAGCAUUAUGGUCGAAUCAACAUGCUCUGUGCUCGCUCGAAUGUGCAGUCUUACUUGCAAAAUGGCUUGAAGCAGUGACAGUCCCCGACCCUAGCCCUGGUCUGACCGAGCAGGAAAUUCGCUUGCGGGACUUUGUCUUGGAGAUGGUGAUGGAAGUGCAGCAUGGGAUCUCACGGGAGUGGUUGCUGGCGAAUAACACUCGACUCAGUGCGGCGGUGACCCGCCUUUGGGCGCGCCUUUUCACGGCCGACUAUAUUUGGGAGAUGGUCAGCUUGAUCGGCCGGAGUUUGAAUAGCUAUGCCGAUUUGCUGGAUCAACAGGGAUGA